CGGGGCCCCGGGGCCUCUAGGUCCCGGGCGAAGCCUGGCAGUGAAAUGCCCCAGGCUCUCUGAGGCGCACAAAGCGCAGGCUCAGCGGGUUGGGUGGCAGCUGCAUCGAGUAGCGCUGGUUUUGGCAGCAGCAUCCACAACAGGUGUAGACAGGUCCCGCCUGACUCCAUCCUGGAAAGUCCCUUUGAAGAAAUGGCCCUGGUGAGGGGCGGCUGGCUGUGGAGACAGAGCUCCAUCCUCCGCCGCUGGAAGCGAAACUGGUUUGCACUAUGGCUGGAUGGGACGCUGGGCUACUACCAUGAUGAGACAGCGCAGGACGAGGAAGACCGUGUGCUCAUCCAGUUCAAUGUCCGUGACAUAAAGAUCGGCCAAGAGUGUCAUGAUAUACAGCCCCCAGAGGGCCGGAGCCGAGAUGGCCUGCUGACCGUGAACCUGCGGGAGGGCUCCCGCCUGCACCUGUGCGCAGAGACUAGGGAUGAUGCUGUAGCAUGGAAGACGGCAUUGCUGGAGGCGAACUCCACUCCGGCCCCAGCUGGAGCCCCCGUCCCACUCAGGAGCCGCCGGGUUUGCCCCAAGGUCAGGUGUGUGACCCGAUCGUGGAAUCCCUGUAAGGUUGAGAGGCGAAUCUGGGUGCGCGUCUACAGCCCGUACCAGGACUACUACGAGGUGGUGCCCCCCAACGCGCAUGAGGCCACGUAUGUCCGCAGCUACUACGGGCCGCCCUACGCAGGCCCCGGCGUGACGCACGUAAUAGUGCGGGAGGAUCCCUGCUACAGUGCUGGCGCCCCGCUGGCCAUGGGCAUGCUUGCCGGAGCCGCCACCGGCGCUGCACUGGGCUCACUUAUGUGGUCGCCCUGCUGGUUCUGAGUCAUGGGACUGGAUCGCUGGACCCUGCGCUUAGACCGCUAAACCCCUUUUCCUCCUGGACCCCACCCUCUACCCUCCAAGCCAAAUGAGCCCUUUCCUCUCCUUUAGCCCUUUUUGGGCUUGGACCAUCCCUCCCACUCCUUACCCUCACCCCACGCCCACCCAUCGGAAGAAGUUAACAUCUUCAGCACAAACGUGGUUCUACUGCUAGACAUCCCAGAAAUCCCUUAUAGACACCUAUAUUUCAUCUAACUACACGAAGACAGUAAAUAUAACUUUCAUUUGGCUUCAAGUUCUUCAGGUGCUGGAAAGAGAACGCGUGUUGCACGCUCUGCUGUCUUUAGGGGCAGCUCCAGGCCUAGUGGGAAAACAGGAGUAAACAAACACUUUGUGCUAAAACUGCAGUUGUGUCUUUUGACAAGUGUAGGGGCAGGGAGCAAAGCGGGUGGAUUGGGAGUGCUGUUGUUGACUAGUUUAGAGCCCUGAAUGUCAUGGCAUGUCCGAAGGGGAGAUCAGUUGGGCUGGGUCAGAUCAUGAUGGGCCUCCAGGCUGUUGCUAGGUAAAUGAGAGAUGUGACCUUUUUAUGGAGUGAAGUUUCAGGAUUGCACCUAUGAUGAAUAUUUUGCCUGUAUUGUUAGUACUGACAUAUCCUUACCCCAAAUACUCUUGAGUUCAGCUCCAUCCUUCCUAGUACCAUCUUCCUGGGUUCCCUGUUCCCCAUGACAACAAUUGAACUGAACCUGGGGGCUCCCGGUUGGGGGCCAGGUGAGCUCUGUUUGGGAGCUCCAGCCUUAGAAAGUUGCCUCCAUUAGGAAAUGCCUUUCUGAUCCCAGGAGCUCUGUCCAUUGCUGUGAUUGUCCCCAUCUCAGGCUUUGUCUGAUCUUUCAUUCUGGGGAGAUAGCAGUGUUUCCCUCUGGGACUGACACACCUUUAUACCAUUCUGGGAAGCUCCCCAUGUGCCUGCCUGAAGGUGGCCCAGCAGUCUGCCCAUUUGGUCCCUUCCAGUCUCUUCCUCCACCCAAUCCCAAUUGCCAGUAGAAAUGCUAGCUAACAUCCAUGCCCAGUAGCCAGAGUAGCUCACUAAUGUCCCCUGUAGACAGGGGCUCCAUUGGCUCAGCUGCAGAGACUAAUAAAGAUGUGGUUGGCUCUAGAA